GCCCUCGCUUGGACUUAUGUUGUCCGAUGAUUCAGAUGGAGAUGUUCCACUACUCGAGAAGAUAAAAAAGAACCCCAAUCGCUCCAAUUUACUUGUGGAAUCGCCUAAGGACAUAUCAAUGGAUUAUUCACCCACCACUGAAGGAUUGGAUCUUGGAAACAUGGAGGGUCCCUUUGGGGAGCAGCCAAUGGUCGCCGAUCAGAAAGAUAACGAGCGCAACGAAAUUAGAGACGAGAUAAAAUCAGGGAAAGACGACCAGAUCUUAUCGUCGUUAGGCGGCAAAGCAUCAACAGCCCCGGAACUCACCCUUGAUACCAAUCGGCUCCAGGAAAGCAUUCGCAAGGCAUCCUCUUCCGGCAACUCAAAGCCAAAGUCCGGAGUACCAAGACCAAUUCUACCAAAUAACACGUCACAGUUGCCUUCUCUUGGUCAGAAUACAAGCACGCAUGAAGAUGUAUCCAUGGACGUCGAUGGGGAUGACCCACUUCCGAACCCCGUUGAAUUUAUAAGAAAUGCUUUGUCGGAUACGGUGAUCUCCCCGGCCACACCUAUUGACACAUCGUCUUGGGAGCCCAUACGCCUAGGCUUGCAAUCGAAGGCAGGUAUAGAUUGGCUUUGCCAAGGGCGACUACAGAAUGCAACUCAGGAGUUUGAGCCACCUGGCUUUAAAUGGAUCCGAAGAAAAGACUUCGAAAUCAAGUCCUUACGGGCUGUUUCACAACUACCGAUCCUCCGGUAUAACUAUAGGCCAUCUCAACAUGCGAUUUUCUCAGGAUCAGAGCGCAAUGACCAGGGAAUAUUGGACGCUUUCACUCAAUACCUGUCACAAAACAAUCUACUAUACCCUAAUCCUCUAAAGUGUGGCAUUGCAGAUACCGGCUACCCAGAAAGCAAGCUUUGCUUCUAUCCGUCUCAGCCAUCAUUCGCUGCAAGUUUUCUUAGCGUCCCCAAGGAACCAGAGCUACGCCAAGGACCCAUCCAUCUUUUAAUAACCGUUUUGCAUCUCGGUCGGGGAAAGCAGCAAGUCUAUCCUUCCCCAUCACUCAAAAUUCGUCCCAAAUAUGAUAUUUUUGGGUCUGUUUCUAGAUUGGGAUCGCCAUGGAUACAGAGGGGGUUGAGAAUAUUAAACUUUCCAGACGAACUGAAGGCCUUCCUCAAGCAACGGCCAGGGGGUGCCUAUACUCUUUUCACGAUGGAGAAUUCCAACUUUAGGACGAAGCCUUUGUCAAAAAUUGAAGAAAAACAGCCGAUACAACAAACCUUUGAGCAAGGACUAGGUGGCGUCCUUACAUUUACAACGCGAGGAAUACUGGAGAGUCAUAGUCGUUUCCGAGACAUCCUGGACUGUGUCACCAAAUCGGACGUUUGGAUGGCAUACAUCUCCCCUUUAGUUGUCGGUUGGAUAUAUCGAGCCUCCUUUGAGGGUCCAGAUGAAAGCGAUAUCAAGCUCGGAAAACUGGAACUUACCCCCACACCUCCGAAUCCUUGGAAGACUGAUGACCUAGCGCGGUGGUUUGACCAUACCUCGUCCUUAUCGCAUCCAGAAAUAGCUCUCAAGAGUCAAGAAGACAUCGACGAAGCAAUCUUGGCCUAUGCGGAGGGGGCAUUAGAUGAGUUGACAGAAUCACCCCCUCGCAAGCCUGAGCUACA